AUGUUACCUCAAUAUUUGUUCGUCGUUCCUCUAUUGGUUGAUAGCUGUAUAGCUUUCCCUUUCCUGAACUCCUUUUCGCCUAGACAAGCAACAGGAACCAAAUAUCUUUUUUCCUUCGGUGACUCGUAUACACGAACACUCUUCUCGAUAACUGGCACGAAGCCUUCUGCAGACAAUCCUAUCGGAAACCCUCCGUUUCCGGGCACUACAACAGACGCGGGUCUCAAUUGGAUUGAUUAUUUGGUCACCGCAUAUAAUACCUCCUUGACACUAUCGUAUAAUUUUGCUGUUGGAGGCUCAACAGUGGAUAACAAUGUCGUUCCUUCCAUUACAAAUGGUGCUAAAUCACUUGUCGAACAAACCGCAAUCUUCACUGCUAAUCUUGCACCGAAACCUUCAUAUGCCCCAUGGACUUCGGCAAAUACACUCUUCGCUGUAUGGUUUGGUAUCAAUGAUAUUGAUCUCAGUUAUACAUAUUCUAAUGAGAGUACACUCUUCACGGAGAUCUUCGAUACCUACUGGAAGCAGCUUGACAUAAUGUAUUACUAUGGAGGUAGAAAUUUUGCAUUGCUGACAGUCCCACCUACCAACAAAACCCCCAGAGUUCUAGCAUUGAAUAGUACUUCACAAGCGGCGUACGCUUCAAGCAUUGCAGCGUGGAAUACUCUUGUCAAAAACACGGCCACUCAGUUCCAAUCCGAAAGAUCUGGGACUACUGUCAAAGUGAUUGAUACUUCAAUUCCCUUCAACACUGCUCUCAGUAACCCAACAGCUUAUGGUUCUCCAAAUGCAGUUUGUUAUAACACCAAUGGAGUGAGUUGUUUGUGGUGGAACAGUUUUCAUCCUGGUCAGGCGGUUCAAAAGUUGGUUGCUGCAGCAUUCGCAGGAGCUUACAGUGGUACAUUCUUUUGA